AUGAAAUCCUAAUUUAAAACUCAAAAGUCAUACGAAUAAAGAUAGGAACUAUCAUUUCGUCUAAUUGAAAAGCAUGAAGAAAUGAUACCUAUAAUUGCAGAUAUACAUAUAAAUACUGCUGAACAAAAAAAGUACCUAAAUCAGUUUUGGGUUAUAAGUAAAUGA